GUGGUCCCCCGGCCCGAAUCUCAGCUAUAAAGGCAGCCCACGCAUGACGGCUGUGGCGAAGCUCGGGUAGCUGCGGUGCUCGUCCGCUUUCAGCCCCCGCGGCGCCCCCUUUACUCCUUGCCCCCAGAGCGCUCCCGACUCCACCAUGCCGAGGGGCUUCCUGGUAAAGCGAACUAAACGGACAGGGGGCUCCUACCGAGUGCGCCUAGCUGAGCGGAUCUUCCCACUGCUGGGGCCCCAGGGGGCGCCGCCCUUCCCCGAGGAGGCUUCCAGUGCUCCCCAGCCAGGUGCGGAGCAGGUGGCACCCCCCACCCUGGAGGAGGAGGCGGCAGCCCGCGAGCUGUCGGGGUCGUCCUGUCAGGCGGCUAGGGUGAGCCCAGGGGAGGGCGGGCAGGAAGGUGCUGCGGAGUGGAGGGCGGAUGGCAGGGAGGGCCCCGGGCCCAGCCCCAGUCCCACCAAGCCGGCGGGCGUGGAGCUGCGCCGGGCAUUCCUGGAGCGCUGCCUCAGCUCACCCGUCUCUGCAGAGUCCUUCCCCGGGGGUGCCGCCACGGUGGCUGCUUUCUCCAGCUCGGCGGCGCCAGCAGCUGCACCGACCUCCGGGGAGCAGUUCCUGCUGCCGCUCCGGGCACCAUUCCCAGAGCCAGAGUUCCAUCCAGACCCUCCUCCCCUCUCGGUCACCCUGCAAGGCCUAAAGCGGGCCGCUGGCAACGAGCGCCGUGCCAAGGCACCUCCGGGCUGCGCGUCUGGACCCGCGGCCGCCGGAGUCAAGAAGCCAAAGGCCAUGAGGAAGUUGAGCUUCGCAGAUGAAGUGACCACGUCCCCUGUUCUGGGCCUGAAGAUCAAGGAGGAGGAGCCCGGAGCACCGUCCAGGGGCCUGGGGGGCAGCCGCACGCCACUGGGGGAGUUUAUCUGCCAGCUAUGCAAGGAGCAGUACGCGGACCCCUUCGCUCUGGCUCAGCACCGCUGCUCCCGCAUCGUACGCGUCGAAUACCGCUGCCCUGAGUGCGACAAGGUCUUCAGCUGCCCUGCGAACCUCGCCUCCCAUCGCCGUUGGCACAAGCCCCGUCCCGCAGCGGCAAAUGCUGCCACAGUCUCUUCAGCCGACGGGAAGCCACCUCCUUCCUCAGCCUCCCCAGACUCUGGGGCUGUUGCAUCUUUCUUGGCGGAGGGGAAGGAGAACAGCCGGGCAGAGCAAACGGCGGAUCAGCACCUGCAGGCGAGGGACAGCUCCAGGGCAGAGCAGCACCAGGACAGCGCCCCACACCCGAGCCUCCAGGUGUCCCACCCCGAGCCACCGCUGCCUCAGGUCCCCUAUACGGAGGGGAUGUUGGGGCGCCGGGUGCCUGGGCCAGGCAGUGCCAGUGGUGUCGGGGGAACCGAGAUCUUCAUGUGCCCAUAUUGCCACAAAAAGUUCCGUCGCCAAGCCUAUCUGCGCAAGCACCUAGGCACUCACGAGGCAGGCUCUGCUCGUGCACUUGCCCCGGGCUUUGGCUCUGAACACGGUGCCCCGCUCGCCUUCGCUUGCCCGCUGUGCGGGGCCCACUUCCCUUCCGCAGACAUCAGGGACAAGCACCGGUUGUGGCACGCGGUCCGCGAGGAGCUGCUCCUGCCUGCUCUGGCUGGGGCCCCCCCUGAAGCUCCAAGCCCAGGCGGGGCAUCCGACGGGAGUGCUCAGCAAAUUUUCUCGUGCAAACACUGCCCUUCCACUUUUUUUAGCUCCCCGGGGCUGACCCGGCACAUAAAUAAGUGCCACCCCUCAGAAAGUCGGCAGGUACUGCUGCUGCAGAUGCCGUUGCGGCCUGGCUGUUGAGGACAGAGAUGAGGAAGAUUAUGCGGUUGGCUUUGGAGGAAACAGAGCAAGGGAAUUUCUGUGGGGAUUUCUUGAAUUUGCAAGUUUACCCUCUUUGCUGCCUAUAUUUUCUCUCCUAAAACUCCCAGUAGUCAAUGUUCCGCCAGAGAAGCGGACAGCGAAAUGUAAUAUCCCUCUCUAGAGCAGGUAUGUAUAUGAUAUAAACAUUCGCGGUCAAGGACUGUCACUUUAAAAGUCUUCUCUCUUACCCCACGAAAAUAGGAUUUCCCCCCUCAUUCUGGAGACCCUAACGAAUCCUAUAUGACUUGUAAUUCCUAUGGAAAGUCGUAGUGAAUACGUGCAUGUCUCAAUAUCUGCAAAUGAUUCUAACUACCAAAAAUGGUAGUCUUUUUUUUUUUUUUUCUUGCCAUUGCAGGCGCCUAUGUAGUUUCUGUCUCAAUAGGGUCAGAUUUCUUGCAUUGUAUAUUCUGUGAAUUAAAAGUUAUGUGAUUGGUGCCAAACGUACAGGGGGUUGGGGAAAGACUCAAGACCUCUGCCUGUGGGCAGGAAAUGUAAGGGGAUGUUUGCGCUUUGGGGGAUAUGGUGAUCUCCCUGUAAACGUUCUCUUUCUCAAGUAUUAGUAGUCCAUUCUUAAGUUAGUGUUUG